UCCCACGUGAAGGCCGAUUGGUGAGAGCAUCCGGGUCCUUGGGGCAAUCAGUGGCGGAGCCACGAGCGCUUUCCAGACCCUAUUGGAACUUUCUAGAGAGACAGGGCCGAUGCCUCGAGCCAGAAGGAAGGCCGCGGCGGCCGGCAACGGGGAGGAAGAAGAGGAGUGGGUGGACGGAGAGGAACCGACGGCCCCAUCGACCCAGGAGGUCCUGAAAAAAGGGAAGAAGGAUAAGAAGGCCAAGAAAUCGUUCUUUGAGGAGCUGGCGGCUGAUGAUAAGCAAGUGAAAGCAGAAGAGGCACUCAUCACAGAACAGCAGCAACAGAAGAAAAAGCGUGAUAAGAGAAAAGAACGGAAUAAGAAGAAAAAGGAUGAGGAUGUUGAUACAGUGAUUGAGAACCUGAGUAAGCUCUCAGUGCCAGCCAGUGAUGAUGAGGAGGAGGAGGAAGUAAUAAAACCAGGAAGAGGAUGCAAAAAGAUGGGUGGGAACGUCUUCGCAGCUCUCGACCUUGAGCAGAGUGAAGACGAAGACAACAAUGAAGACGAUGAAGGAGAGAGGCAGCCACCUAAAACAAACAAAAAUCAGAAAAAUAAGACUGCAUUGAAUGAGAAUGUGGAUAGCCAGAAACAAAUCAAAAAGAAAAAGAGUGAGAAUUUUGAGGGUAAACCACAGCCUAUACCUGAGGAAGACAACAAGAGGCAAAGUAAAAAAGGCAAUAAAAAUGAAAGAGGAAAAGCAAAAGAGCAAAAGGUCGAAUCUGAAGAUGACAAUGAAGAUAAGUCAAGUAAGAAGAGCAAAAAGAUGGAGAAAUCAAAAGCAAAGCAAAAGGCAUUCUCUGACGGUGAAGAGGAGGAUGAGGUGGAUGACAAGCGGCCGACAAAAGGAAAACACACAAAAGGAAGGCAGAAGCCUGCGAAUGCCUUUGCUGCCCUAGAAAUGGAGGAAGAGCUGGAGGAAGAAGAGGAGCUGGAGGAUGAGGGGGAACAGGGUUCCAAAAGCAAAGCAAAAGUCAAGAGUGAAGAUGAAAUGGAAGUGGAUGAAAAGGCGGCGAUGGAGAAGGGAACAGAUGACAAAUAUGCUAACAUGAGCAAAAAAGAGAAAAAGAAACUCAAGAAACAGAUAGAAUUUCAGCGGCAAGUAGACACACUGAAAGCUUCAAAUGAUGCCGAGGGUGACUUCUCUGUGUCACAGGCUGAACAGUCAUCGAGACAAGCCAUGUUAGAGAAUGCAUCAGAUAUCAAGCUGGAGAGGUUCAGCAUCUCAGCUCAUGGGAAAGAGCUCUUUAUCAAUGCUGACCUGUACAUUGUGGCUGGGAGGAGAUAUGGUUUGGUCGGACCAAAUGGUAAGGGUAAGACAACACUACUGAAGCACAUCCAGAAUCGAGUGCUGAAUAUACCUCCCAAUAUUGAUGUGCUGCUCUGUGAACAAGAGGUAAGGGCUGACAACACAGCAGCAGUGGAUGCUGUUCUGAAAGCUGAUAUAAAGCGAAUAAAGCUGUUGGAAGAGGAGCGACAGCUCCAGGCUCUCUUAGAGAAGGGAGAUGACCGAGCUGGCGAAAGACUGCAAAAGGUAUAUGAGGAACUACGUGCUACAGGUGCUGCUGCUGCGGAAGCUAAAGCCCGUCGUAUCCUUGCUGGUCUGGGCUUCACUCCUGAGAUGCAGAAUCGACCUACCAAGAAAUUCUCUGGAGGCUGGAGAAUGAGAGUGUCACUGGCGAGAGCCCUGUUCAUGGAGCCCACAUUACUGAUGUUGGACGAGCCAACAAACCACCUGGAUCUUAAUGCAGUCAUUUGGCUUAACAACUACCUGCAAACCUGGAAGAAGACUCUGUUAAUUGUAUCCCACGACCAGGGCUUCCUGGAUGACGUUUGUACAGAUGUCAUUCAUCUGGAUGCGCAGAAGCUCUUUUACUACAGGGGGAACUACAAUACCUUUAAGAAGAUGUACCAGCAGAAACAGAAGGAACUGCUGAAACUCUACGAAAAACAGGAAAAGAGACUUAAAGAUUUAAAGGCAGGCGGCAAAUCAACCAAACAAGCGGAAAAACAGACAAAGGAGGCACUGACACGCAAACAGCAGAAAUGUCGGAAAAAAAACCAGGAUGAAGAGUCAAAUGAAGCUCCUGAGCUUCUGAAAAGACCCCGAGAAUACACGGUGAAGUUUACAUUCCCAAACCCACCUCCACUGAGCCCUCCAAUCCUCGGACUGCAUGCUGUUGAUUUUGCAUAUGAAAGCCAAAAGCUGCUUUUCAAGAACCUGGACUUCGGUAUUGACAUGGAUUCCAGAAUCUGUAUUGUCGGACCCAAUGGAGUUGGGAAGAGUACACUGCUGCUCCUGCUCACUGGAAAGCUGACUCCUACUGUUGGUGAACAGAGGAAGAACCACAGACUGAAAAUAGGUUACUUCAACCAGCAAUACGCAGACCAGCUCAACAUGGAGGAGACAGCAACAGAGUACCUCAUGAGAAACUUCAACCUGCCGUAUCAGGAUGGGAGGAAAUGUCUUGGGCGCUUUGGCCUGGAGAGCCACGCCCACACCAUCCAGAUCAGCAAACUCUCAGGUGGUCAGAAAGCAAGAGUAGUGUUUGCAGAGUUAGCCUGCCGACAGCCUGACGUACUUAUUCUGGAUGAACCCACAAACAAUCUGGACAUUGAGUCUAUUGAUGCUUUGGCUGACGCUAUUAAUGUCUAUAAAGGAGCUGUAAUCAUAGUGAGCCAUGACGCCCGGCUGAUCACCGAGACAAACUGCCAGCUCUGGGUGGUGGAGGAACAGACAGUAAACCAGAUUGAUGGCAACUUUGACGAUUAUAAGCGUGAGGUGCUGGAGGCGUUGGGAGAGACCAUCAACCGCAAGCAGAAGGAUUGAAACCCCAGGACUGCAACUUGAGGUCCCUGGGGCCAAGCAGCAAUAUUGUGAAUGAACAGUAGCACUCAAUGAAAUAAAACUGCAGCAGGAUGUGGAGGAGCCCUAUAAAGAAGCCUCACAUUGUGAGAUGCAGAAAUUAUUUAUGAUAAUCUGCAGCCUUCUACCUGAUGUUGUCUUUAAUACUUUUUAAAACAAAUGCCAAACAAGGAACAAUUUUCAAUUUAUGAUCUACAAGUAUUUGCUUCGCUUUGGAGCAGCAGAGUGGCCUCUGAGUAAUAAAAGAUGGUAAAAUACUGAAAAUAUGAAACUCAAAUAAUACCAGGGCAUGGACAGGUCAGUCAGCAUCUGAAAUGAAGAGACAGAUUUAACAUUCUGGGUGGGCCCUUCAGAACUGACUUCUGAGUUUGAAGCACUGGCCUCUGCUUUCCAAACUCUGAUGGGGCUGUUGCGCUUUUUUAGCAAUAUCUGUUGUGUAUUAAUGGGGAGAGCUUUUUGUAUUUCAGUUCAGAGAUGGGUCCCUUGGUUUGGCUAUUGCUUGAGGUUUUUUUCAGUUGAGUGUGACAGCAUCCAGCUCCGCUGGAGAGCUGCUCCUUGACAGUUAGGCUAAUCCUUUUUGGUGCCUUUCACAUGAGGACGAUUUAAGGGACACUGCGAGAAGAAUAGGACCCAAGGCUGCAUUGAUGCAGGACCUGUGUUAAGAUGACAGCUGUCUCUGUGACCUCCCUCACAGGCCACAGGAUAUAUUUGAAAUAAACUGACUAGAAACUAAACUUGUCGCAAAAACCUCUACAGAGGUGGCAGCAACAACAACAAUGUCUUUUGGUUAGCCAAGUGUUUCAUGUUGUAACAUUAAAUCAGUAAAAAGAUUAGAUUAUGGAUAUAACUUAAUCCCCGAUCUAUCAAAGUGCUUUCAUGAUAAAAUUAUAUUAUAAUGGAACACACAAGGAAACCAGCCAGAAAUUGACAUCACUACUCAAUGGCAUCAUCCGAAUCAAUGUUUAACCCACAUUUACCCAAAAAGAAAAUCCAGUAAUGGGCGGGGGGAGGGGGGUCCCAGUAAGUUGUUAUCACUCAUGGGAGUGAUGUAAUUAUAAACUGCUAUCCAGCCAGAGAAGCUAGUGAGUCACACCAGUUAUUUGACUUAAUGGCUGUAAAGUUAAAUGGAAACCCUGGAACUAGAUUUUGUAAGUAUUUGGGAUUUUAAUAGAGAAAAUGUGCUAGUCCUGCCUUUUUCACUUGUUUAUUGCAUUACAGACAGCUCAAGCAUACCUGUACUGGUGUCUCAGAAUUCAGCAUGUUUACAGGAGACCUGAAAGGGUUUCAUGUUAAAAGAAAUGUAGAUGGGGUCUCACAACACAGCAGCAAAGUGGCUUCAGAGUCUCUGCUGGAUUCAUGUUUGUUCAAUGACUGCUCAUGUGGAAAAUUUGAACUGCCAUAAAGGUGCAUUUAAAGUUAA